AUGGCAAAGAUCUCUCACAGGCGGCAGCGUCGGGGGGAUGCCAAUUCUGAGACAGUCAGUCUCCUCAGUCCUUCUUUUUCUGUACAAGCAAGGCCGAAGAAGAGAAAUACCUGUCCUGCUACGCGGGUUUUCGAAAGGCCCAGCGUGGAGAACAUCCAUGCCAGCCCCUCGGAACGACUUACUCGCUUGACUCUCCGUCUCCGAUGCGACAAACGCAAGAGGGCGGAAGAUACGCAUAAUAGCCCAUGGAGGGCUUCAAGUCUUUACAAAGAGCAUCAAGAGGCGCACGGAGACAAAUCCGCUGUCAAAGAGCGGAUCCGCCAGGAAUGGCUCAAGCGGCUGCGUCCCAGACCCAAUCGCCGGGACUACUGCGAUAUCCAGUAG